AUGUCGUGCCAUAGGAACAGAUCUCCAAGUGUGUUUUUCACCUCCCCCCACCACCUCCAGGAUGCUUCAUCUGCAGACAUUAGAAAAGCAUAUCGUAAGCUUUCAUUAACUUUGCAUCCAGACAAGAAUAAAGAUGAAAAUGCAGAAACUCAGUUUAGACAAUUGGUGGCCAUUUAUGAAGUUUUAAAGGAUGAUGAACGAAGGCAGAGGUAUGAUGAUAUUCUGAUCAAUGGACUUCCAGAUUGGCGACAGCCUGUAUUCUACUACAGGCGGGUGAGAAAAAUGAGCAAUGCUGAGCUGGCAUUACUUUUGUUCAUUAUCCUCACAGUGGGUCAUUAUGCUGUGGUGUGGUCAAUCUACCUGGAAAAACAACUGGAUGAACUGCUUAGUAGAAAAAAAAGAGAAAAGAAAAAAAAGACAGGUGGCAAGAGUGUGGAUUUAUCGAAACUUGGUGCUUCAGAAAAAAAUGAAAGAUUACUGAUGAAACCACAAUGGCAUGAUUUGCUUCCAUGCAAGCUGGGGAUUUGGUUUUGCCUUACACUAAAAGCAUUGCCUCAUCUAAUCCAGGAUGCUGGACAGUUUUAUGCUAAAUACAAAGAAACAAGACUGAAGGAAAAGGAAGAUGCAUUGACUAGAGCUGAACUUGAAACACUUCAAAAGCCAAAGAAAGUUAAAGUAAAAAAACCAAAACCUGAAUUUCCUGUGUAUACGCCUUUGGAAAGUGCAUAUAUUCAAUCAUAUGAUCAUGGAACUUCUAUAGAAGAAAUUGAGGAACAAAUGGAUGAUUGGCUGGAAAACAGGAACAGAACACAGAAAAAACAGGCACCUGAAUGGACAGAAGAGGACCUCAGCCAGCUGACAAGAAGUAUGGUUAAGUUCCCAGGAGGGACCCCAGGUCGAUGGGAAAAGAUUGCUCACGAAUUGGGUCGAUCGGUGACAGAUGUGACAACCAAAGCCAAACAACUGAAGGAUUCAGUCACCUACUCCCCAGGGACGGUGAGGCUCUCUGAGCUCAAGUCAACAGCUCAGCAUUCCAGGCCCGGCAAGGCCACCGUGGCCCUGCCCGACGACAUCAUCACCCAGCGGGAAGACGCCCAGCAGGCCGCGGGCGCUGGGCAGGACAGCGAGCAGGAGCAGGAGGAGCAGGAGGCCGCGGUCCCGGAAGGCCAGCCGAGGAGACGCAAGCCAGCCAGGCUGCCCGAGGCAGCGGCGAAGGCAGAGCCAGAGGAGAAGUUCCGUGGAAGGAGGCAGAAGGACUUUGAUAUAUCAGAACAAACCACAUCGAGCGACGAGGAGAGCCAGAGGAAAGAGAGAAGCCGCACUGCAGAGGAGCCAUGGACUCAGAAUCAGCAGAAACUUCUGGAAUUAGCAUUACAGCAAUACCCAAAGGGAUCCUCUGACCGCUGGGACAAGAUCGCCAAAUGCGUCCCGUCUAAGAGUAAGGAAGACUGUAUCGCUAGAUACAAGUUGCUGGUUGAACUGGUCCAAAAGAAAAAACAAGCUAAAAGUUGAAUAUUCUGGAAGAUGAUGUUCACCUUCAUUUUCCAAAAUGAGUAUUUUAAAACUCUUAUGCAGAAAUUUGCAUUUUGUACCUCAGCAUUCUAUGAAUCAUGUGCCUUAAUAAAAAAAUAAUAAUAAAUUUAAAAUAAAUGUUG